GGAACACCUCUGAUACACUCCAUUCAUGCUUUUCUGCCUUGCCUACUUGCGUCCUACUCAUAUAUUCAUUCAUUCGUGUACUACAUGAGUUGAUUCAGAGUGAUCCACUACUCCGUCAGUAGUUAGUGAUCAGAUCAUCAGAACGACAUGGGGAAGGUGCUCGUCGCGGAGGCCACGGCGCGGCAGGCGGCGUCGUUCGUGCUGGGCUGCGCGGCGGCGCUCACCCUCGUGCUGCUCCUCCAGUACCGCCCGCCGCCGUCCAGGGCGCCGGGGCAGUUCUCCGGCAGCUGGGGAGCUGGGCGCCGGAACAGGACCACAGCACGCCUAGCUCAUCAUCAUCAGGCGCCGAUCGCAGGUUCAGACCACAACCACGUUGAUGAUCAGCCGUCUAACGCCACAUCAUCAAAGGCGGCCACGGCCAUCGAUUGUGCUCGAGCUGCUCAGAGUGAUGCUACUGUUCGGAGCAGGGAUCACCAAGACGAGGGCGGCGAGUUCCAGGGGCUGGCGGCGGCGGUGCGCGGUGCGGCGACGGACGACAAGACAGUGAUAAUAACCUGCGUGAACCACGCCUUCGCGAAACCAAACUCCCUCCUCUCCCUCUUCCUCGAGAGCUUCCGCAUCGGCGACGGCACGCCCCAACUCCUCCCCCACCUCCUCAUCGUCGCCAUGGACCCCGCCGCACUCGCCCUCUGCAGCGCCGUUCACGAGCACUGCUACCUCUACACCAUGCCCAACCUCAACUUCACAUCAGAAAAGCUCUUCCUCUCCAAGGACUACCUGGAGCUGGUCUGGAGCAAGCUCAAGCUCCAGCGUAAAAUCCUCGAGCUCGGCUACAGCUUCCUCUUCACCGACGUCGACGUCAUGUGGUUCCGGGACCCGUUCAAGCACGUCACGGCUUACGCCGACAUGACCGUCUCCAGCGACGUCUUCCUCGGCGACCCGGAUAACAUCGGCAACUUCCCCAACACGGGAUUCUUCCAUGUCAAGCCUAAUAAUCGCACAAUCGCCAUGACCAAGGUGUGGCACGAAUCCAGGGGCAAGUACCCGGGGGCCAACGAGCAGCCGGUGUUUAACAUGAUCAAGAAGAAUCUGGUGAAGGAGCUUGGGUUGAAGGUCAGGUACCUGGACACGGCCUACAUUGGUGGGUUCUGUGGCUAUGGCAAGGAUUUGGGGAAGAUUUGUACGAUGCACGCCAAUUGCUGCGUUGGGUUGAAUGCUAAGCUGAGGGAUCUGAGGAGUGUUCUUGAUGAUUGGAGGAAUUAUACUAGGCUGCCGCAUUGGGAGAAGCAUAAGGCCAAAUGGACCGUGCCCGGCGCGUGCUUCCACUGAAUUUGGAUGAAUCCAUGUGAUGAUUCGAGUCUACAUAUAUACAUACAAUUGAGCCGGUUGAUUCUUCUUAGUGUUAGUUUGUUUGUAGAUCGGUUCUUAGUUGUAGUUUGUAUGAUCUGUAUGUACGUGAGAGGACAUUGGUCGAGCACAUACUCUGUAUACUGGCUGGAGAAAUAUAUACCGUAUUUUCUUAUAAGGAAA